GCCGUGGGGGAAGACCAUGCUACUGAGCAGUUGCACUGUAAGAUAAGAAAGUUGGUGUAUGGAAAGGGAAAGAAAAGAGGUGGAGAAAUGAAGCGAAGAAGAUAAGAGGUAGCUUCCCUAAACCACUGGAAGUAUCAAGUUCUUUGCAGGCCAACAGAUGGCUUCCCAGUCAACAUCAGCACCUGAUGAUCUCAAUAUAUUUUAUUCUCUGCACUUCCUGCCGCCACCUAGACGCACACCCAGCCCCAAACCUGCCCACUUGGAAGAUGUUAAGGACUCCCGUGAGGAAUCAAAUGGUGAGAGAAGUCAGCAGUACCAAGGGCUGACAGGCCUGCGUAACUUGGGCAACACUUGCUACAUGAAUGCCGUUUUGCAGUGCCUCUGCAGUAUAUCCCCACUGGUGGAGUAUUUUCUCUCAGGAAAGUACAUCACAGCCCUGUGCAAGGAAAAUGUUGAAAUUGCUACUGCCUUUGCCUAUCUGAUGGCUGACAUAUGGCUUGGAGACUUUGACUGUGUAUCACCAGAGGUCUUCUGUUCAGUCAUUGGUGGCCGGCACCCGGCUUUUACCAAAAAGACUCAGCAGGAUGCUCAGGAGUUUCUGAUUUAUGUCCUGAGUGAACUACAUGAGACUCUUAAGAAGUUAAACAAAAGAAGAAGCCAGGGAAGCAUAUCCACUGCCAGGGAAAACAGAGGGAUUUCCCCCGAGACAUCAAUCAUCACACAGCUAUUCGAGGGACAGCUGAGUUAUGAAAUCACAUGUCUGGAGUGUCAGAACACCACUGAUAAGAAUGAGGUCUUUACUGUCCUCUCUCUUCCCAUCCCUUCUGAGACUGCAUGCUCUCUACAGGACUGUCUUGAAUGUUUCUUUCAACAAGACAUUCUGACUUGGAAUAAUCAAAUCCAGUGUUCGUGCUGUGGGACAAAGCAAGACACUGCAGUGAAGACCUGCCUAGCCAAGGCACCAAAGAUUGUUAUUUUGCACUUAAAGAGAUUUGACUGUCAAGGCAGCUACAAAAGGAAACUUGGAACGGACAUCCACUAUCCACUAAGCAACUUGGAUCUUUCUCCUUAUGUCUAUCCACUGUUUCGGAAGAAUCCAAAAUACAGCUUGUGUGCCGUGGUGAAGACCAUGAAGAGCAGCUGCACAGGCCUCAUGACCAGCAUACAUAAGUCAAAUGGUUCACAAGCUGCACUUCAGGCAUCUUGUCCCCUUAAAUAAAGAGGAAAAGAGAGAAUGAAGAAAACAUAUUUUCAACAUGAACAAACCCCUGAUUACCAAAGUGCUAAUUUUAUUAACAGACAACUCAGGAUAAGGUAUGCAGGAGUCUAAUGGAUCCAUAAUUAUCCUCAACUAUAUGCUCUUUAAAUAUGAGGAAGGGUUGCAGGAGUUCUUCAUUCAAAGGACCUGGCUUGAGUCAAGCAAAGGAUAUAACAAGUAACACUAUGCAGAAAUCAUGGAAACGUACUUCUUAAAAUUAAAAACACACAAACACCAUAGAUGAAGUAAUGGACUGUGCACAAUGCCACAUGUAGCUAAAUGGCUACCUGAUUACCCCCUUACCAUCAGCAGUGCCUUGGGGCUCAAUUCUUUAUCUCCCUUCCUGUACCUGCUUUGUUCGAAAGCAUCCGCCUCAAAGAUGGUGCAAAGCUAGUGUAGCUAGCUCCACAAGCCUGACCUGCCUGCUCUCUCUACACACAGAGGUCAGGGCAUACAGUGUCUUGGUACAGCCGAAGCCACCCAGGCAGCUGAAGAUUAAGGUAACGGGCCUGCUAAUUCUAUCUAUACCAUAGCAAGAAACUAGUUCCACUAAAAUCCGGUUUAACCAUUUGGGGUGCCUGCAGACAUGAGGGACGUCUACUCCGACGCACUGUAAUUAUAGUGCGACGGAGCAGACUUCAUUAAUCAAAUCUGCUGGAGCAUACUAAUUAGCAUGCGCCAGCAGCCGCCACAUCUGGUGUAUCAGCAUCCCUCCACUUCAAAGUGGCAGCAGGGGACACUUUAACUAAAGCUUGUUGGACAAGCUUUAUUUGAGGUACCCCGCUGCCAUUUUAAAGUGCAGGGAUGCUGAUACAUGACAUACUGCAGGCACUUUAAUUACAAUGGCUCUUGGAAUCACUCUAAAUAAAGCACCCCCCUCCUAGCCCUGGAGCACAUGUAAAAACUCCCUUAUUGUCAGUUGU